CCUGUUUCUAAUGUCACAUGAUAAGAGGAAAGUCCAGCUUCGGUCGACCACAAUCUCUUUCCCAAAUCUACUUAUGUCAGUGUCAGUCAUCUAAUAUGGCAGGCUGAGCCUCUGAGAACCAUGACUCUGCAAACUCCUCACACAUCAGCAUUCACCUUUCAGUCUGCGUUGCACAGUGCCCACAUUCUCCAGUGUCUGAAUGAGCAGAGACAGCAGGACAUCUUGUGCGACGUGACGCUGUUGGUGGAGGACCAGAGUUUUCGGGCCCAUUGCUCGGUCCUGGCCUCAUGCAGCGAAUACUUUCGCAGUAUUGUUACUAGUGUCACCAGACAGAAUCCCAUCAUCACCUUACCUGAAGAGGUGACCGUGGAGGGGUUUGAACCCUUGCUUCAAUUUGCCUACACGUCAAAGCUGCUUUUCACCAAAGAAAACAUCCAUGCCAUUCAUACCAGUGCUGAGAUUUUAGGAUUUCGCAACUUGGAGUCAGGUUGCUUUGAUUUCCUCAUCCCCAAGUUUUUAGAGAGUAAGAAGGUCAGGAGUAAGAGCUGCUGUCGAAGCUCGGAGCCCGGUACCAGUUCGGACUCGUGUGUAGAAGGUAGCCAUGCAAAAUCAUUUGAGUCAAACAGCUCAGCGCCUUCAGGGGGUGAUGAGCAAACUGACUUGUCAUCACAGUGCCCUCAGAGCACACAGGGUCAGACAAACAGUGGGGAGGAACACUUUUGUUUUGAGAACUGUGGGCCGCAAAUGACUCCCUUAUCUUUAGAGUUAGCAAAUGGUGUGUGCCCCCUGUUGUCUCUGCCGUGCCCAGGCCCCGACAAAGCCGAUCAUUCCUCUCAUUUUUGCGAAAAAGACAUUUUACAGUUAGGAGAUGUAAGUGAUAGAAGUGAGUUGAGGGUGGUAGGGUGUGACGCACAAUGUGAGCUGUCAACACCAGCGGAUGAGAAUCCACCAGAAAUCACUGAGCCGGGAAGCGCAGAUAAUGAACCGACUGUUGAGACGCUUGGCGCUGAAGCCAGCUGUGCCCCAGCCUCCCGUCCACUGAAGACGUCAACGGCAGAAGAUUGUACUGCAGUAUUACAGCAGGGUGAGGUUUGUGCCGAACAGGGAGCUGCUGGCGAGUUAUCAGAACCUGCCUUAAACCCCCAAAGCUCAGAGGCAGCGAAUGGAGAGCGCAGCCGCGUAGAGAGGGAAGUGGCCGAACAUUUAGCUAAAGGGUUUUGGUCUGACCUGUGUCCAGGUCAGUCUCCACCGCCAUCCCUUGAUUCGGCAAGCCAAAACAAUUUGACCAAGGCCUCAGACUUUCACUGGCUCAGACACCUGGAUCUGAACUCCAGUGUAGGCGACUGUCCCUUCCUACGGGACCUCGAUACGGAUGACGAGCCUGGUACACAUGCUGACAACUUUUCCCAAGCAGAGAAGAGUCCCUGCAUGUCCUCCCCACUCAAUUCUGGGGAUGAAAGUGAGCUGGAAACAGACGGGGACACUGAGGCCAAUCACAAAAGAGCAGCAGAGAUUCAGCUCCCGUUCCCGGUGGAGCAGAUCUCUGAACUGAGCAGAAGUGCAUUCCAACAGCUCCUUAGAGACCAUCGCCUGACAAAAGAACAGCUUGAGUUUGUCCACGACGUCCGCAGGCGAAGUAAAAACCGCGUGGCAGCACAGCGCUGUCGGAAGAGGAAGCUCGACAGCAUACACCAGCUGGAAUGUGAAAUUAAAAAAUUAAAAAGUGAAAAAGUGCAGCUGAUUCAGGAGCAAAAAGAGCUAAAGAAAAAUCUGGCGGAGAUUAAGCAGAAUGUGUGUGGCCUCUGUAAGAGCGUCAACAUCGAGCCCUAUCAGGACCACUUGCAGCUUCUCGCUAACCUGUCUUCAUCUGACUUUCCCGUCUCAUUGCCCAGCCUCGUAGCAAAUAACACAGAGUCACAGCUUGCCGUUGAAAUGGCGAGUUCCUCUUUGGAGUGUGGACCGAUUGAACCACAACCCUGCACACAGGACACAGGCUGUCCUGUCUCUGCUCCUUCGUUGUUGGACAUGUCCAACAGCUUGUAAUUGGGUGAGAGUCUCAGUGUUGUUCUGAAAUUUACACGACCAAAAAGCAAACAGUUAACCAUCGUUUUACACUGCAGUCCUCUUUUUGCGAAUACUUCCUUUUUAUUUCAUUGACUCAUGUCCUGCUUUAAUGGAGGAACUGAAUCCAAACACAAAUAUGUAUCAUUUCAUUUUCUGUGAACCUAACGGGCAUUUCUCCACAAUAAACACAGAAAUAAGUAUUCAUGAUUUCAACAGUAUUGCACUGUUCCCAAAUGAAGUCUUCAGAAUGUUUCUGAACUGAAGUUAGUUUUUCUCAGGGAAAAUUACAGCCUGACUGUAUUUAAAUCCCACUUCAUAGCUAUUUUAAAGACAAAAUUAUUAUUCAUUGCGCUUUUUUAAAAAUUAAACAUGCACAAAAAAUAAGUGUUCAGUAGAUUACAAAUAAAUGUUAGAGCUAAACUACCUUCUCAGCAGCAUUAUGCAAUUGCACAUGCAGACUAAUUUUCAUCCUCUUGCAUUUUGAGAAAUGGUUCUUUUAAAUUUGAUAGUGUUUUGUGAAAACGUUAGAACUUAUCUGAUAUGAAUUAAAAUGUGCCUUAUGCUUCAGUAUACUAUCAAUUCAACAAGAUUAUGUUGUUUAAUGAAAAAAUGUUUAUUGUCUUAAGCACUGUUGCACAUUAACCCAAUACUAAUGUUGGUGGCAUUAUCUUUAAAUGUUAGUUCUUCUGCAUGUUGAGCAUUGUUUUUAUAAAAUGGUUUUAUGAAUUGCAAAUUAAAAUAAACAUUUUGUUAAUAAUCA